CGUACCCCACUUCCCCGCUCCGCACGGCGCAGGCAGGAAGGAGCCCGCUGCGCCCUUCCCUCCCGGGAACGUCAGCCCUGGCCCCGCAACCUCUCCAGACCGAAAAAGGUAAGAACAGGCCGCCAUUCCUGCCCUCCCACCAUGACCCCCCUGCGGACCUCCGAGGUCCGCCAGCUGCUCCACAACAAGUUCGUGGUGGUCAUGGGCGACUCGAUCCAGCGCGCAGUGUACAAGGACCUGGUGCUCCUGCUGCAGAAGGACUGUCUGCUGUCCUCUCGCCAGCUCGAGACCAAGGGCGAGCUGAGCUUCGAGCGCGACGUGCUGCUGGAGGGCGGCAGGGAGGGCCGCGUGCACAACGACAUCUACUACCGCGAGGUGCGCCAGUUCUGCACGGGCCACCACCUGGUGCGCUUCUACUUCCUCACGCGCGCCUACUCGGCCUACCUGGAGGAGGUGCUGUCCAAGCUGCGCCGGGGCAAGCACGCGCCGGACCUGGUCAUCCUCAACUCGUGCCUCUGGGACCUCUCGAGGCACGGCCACCACUUCCACAGCAGGUACCGGGAGGACCUGGAGUGCCUGUUCCGCCGCAUGGACCGCGUGCUGCCCGAGUCCUGCCUGCUGGUGUGGAACACGGCCCUGCCCGUGGCUGACGUCGUGUCGGGCGGCUUCCUCCCGCCGAGGGGCCUGGCCAGCUCGGGCCGCCUGCCCGAAGACGUGAUCGAGGCCAACUUCUACAGCUGCGUCGAGGCGGCCCGGCGAGGCUUCGACCUGCUGGACCUGCACUUCCACUUCCGCCACGCCGCCCAGCACCGGUUGCGCGACGGCGCGCACUGGGACGAGCGCGCGCACCGGAGGCUGUCGCAGCUGCUGCUGGCGCACGUGGCGGACGCCUGGGGCGUGAACCUCCCGGGGGAACCCGCAGGCUCCUGGCGCCUCCGCAGCCCGCCCAGGCCCCUGCCCCAGAGUCCUGCCUCGUUUCCGCUGCACCAGGAAGGCGCCCCUCUGCCCUCCGACUCGCCCCCGCAGCAGCACCCCAAUUUCAGCGACUCCUCCAGGAGCCAGGUGGAAAACAGCAGAGAAGCGAAUGCAGGGGCUGGCCGCGAGCCGGAGCCGGGCCCCAUCCGCAGGGUCUAUACCCAGGAGCAACGCCGGGCGUCCACCCCUUACCCUGCCCAGCGCUCUGCUGGCUCACAGGAGCGCCAUCACCACCAGAGGCACUCGAGCAGGCAGAACCAGCACACUCACAACCAAGACCCAAGUAGCCAGACCUCGACCUAGGCUCCUUUCACAGCAUCUCGCCAGCGCCCUGGAGGUGGUCAGUGCAGCCCUGCAGCGCGAGAGACUCCUUCAGUGCCUUCCACUCACCAGCAAACAGCCGCACACCUCUCUCUGCCAGAGCUUCCACACCACUUCUGGGAGAAGACCCGCACCCGGAAGACCUGCCCCUGACCUCGUAGACCCUGGGUGGAAAUGAACUCCACAUGAAAGGAUGUUACUCUCACUUUUUUAAAAAAAAGUCUUCUCUGAGUGUACAUCUUCAAGCAGUAUUCUCCACUGGCAUUUUUCCUUUCAAAAACUACGACAGCCCAACAGCAACAACAAAAAGUUAAAAAUUUGAUCCAGAACUUUUCACUUUCACCAUUAGAUUCUGAAUGUGUCCGUUUUCCUGGGGAUUUAAUUACUGUAUGUUUGUGUUUCAAAAUAGAAUUUGUCCUUUUUUAAAAAAGUAUUCACUACUGCAAGGUUGUUUUUUCUACUAGAAAUUUAAUCUUUACUCUGUUCCAUCACAUGCCCAAUCUCCCUUUCACUAGACUUUUUUGGUUUUGUACACAUGCUGCAUCCAGGAGGCUGAACCCAGGACCUUCAAGUUGAGCUACA